AUCGUGUACAUUUUUAAAUAAUUAAAAUGCAAUUAUUCAAAAAAUUACAAAACAAGUUAACAUUAAUUCAGUCUAAAAGUUCAGCAGAUCUGCAAUCGAUGGCCAGAUUGAAGUGUUUGCGGACUGAAGAGGCGGCACAACAGUCAUUUGAAGAAGUGGCCGCUCGUCUUGAGACUGAUCUAAGGAAUGGUCUGAACUGGAAUCAAGUGGAAUAUCGAAUCAAUUCUUAUGGUUAUAACGAACUUGAAGUAAAAGCUGAAGAACCACUUUGGAAGAAAUACAUCGAUCAGUUUAAAAAUCCAUUAAUUAUCUUAUUGUUGGCCUCAGCGUUGGUCAGCGUAUGUAUGCAACAAUUUGACGACGCCUUUAGUAUUACUGCUGCAAUCAUUAUUGUAGUGACCGUAGCCUUCGUUCAAGAAUAUCGAUCUGAGAAGUCAUUAGAAGAACUGAACAAAUUAGUGCCACAACUGUGUAGUUGUCUGCGUGGAGGACAUGUCGAGACACUAUUAGCCAGAAAUCUAGUUCCCGGAGAUAUAAUAUUAUUGGCGACCGGAGAUAGAAUUCCUGCUGAUCUCAGAAUUUUUGAAGCGGUUGACCUCUCAAUAGAUGAGAGCAGUUUUACCGGUGAAACGGAACCUUCUAUUAAAACUACUUAUCCUAUUACCGGUAAUUGUAAAAUUAAUUCGGUUUCUGAUAGACAUAAUAUUGCAUUUAUGGGAACAUUAGUCAGAUGUGGAAAUGGGAGGGGAAUUGUUAUUAAUACUGGUAUUAAUUCUGAAUUUGGAGAGAUAUUUAAGAUGAUGCAGUCAGAGGAGGCGCCCAAAACGCCCCUUCAAAAGAGUAUGGACUCAUUAGGGACUCAGUUGUCUUUUUAUUCUUUUGGAAUAAUUGGAUUAAUUAUGAUAUUGGGAUGGAUUCAGGGCCGACCUAUACUUGAAAUGUUUAAUAUUGGUGUCAGUUUGGCUGUGGCUGCCAUUCCCGAAGGUUUACCUAUUGUGGUGACCGUAACGUUAGCAUUAGGUGUGAUGAGAAUGGCAAAGAGGAAAGCAAUAAUUAAACGAUUGCCAACAGUCGAGACAUUAGGAUGUGUGGACACUAUUUGUUCAGAUAAAACGGGAACUUUAACUAAAAAUGAGAUGACUGUCACUGCAAUUGUCACAUCAGAGCUUUAUAGAGCAGAUGUUAGUGGUGUCGGUUAUACCGGAGGGGGAGAAGUCAUUCUCAGUGAAGAUACCGAUUCAUAUAAAAAACAAAUGGAUUCAAUUAAAAAACUAUUAGAGAUCGGCUGUAUUUGUAAUAAUGCAGAUAUAACUGGUGGUCAACUUAGAGGUCAGCCAACUGAAGGAGCACUUAUAGCAGCGGCACAUAAGUUGGAUAUGUUUAGUAUUAAAGAUAAAUUUAUUCGUUUACAAGAGUUUCCAUUCUCUUCUGACCAAAAGCUAAUGGCUGUCAAAUGUAUUCCCAAAUUUGGUCCCAAAGAUGAAGAGAAAUACUAUGUGAAGGGAGCUCUUGAAAAAGUAUUACCACUUUGUACUAAAUAUUCUGCAAAUGAAAACAUUAUACAAUUGACAAAUGAAAGACACGAACAAUAUUUAAAUGAAUCACAAUAUUUGGGACGAAAAGGAUUAAGAGUUCUAGCUUUUGCUUAUGGAUCUAAAUUAGACGAUUUAGCUUUUGUCGGAAUGGUUGGUAUUUUAGACCCUCCGAGACCUGGAGUUAGAGAAUCUAUUCGUACACUACAAGCCAGUGGUGUCAACGUUAAGAUGUUAACUGGAGAUUCACAGGACACUGCCUGUGCUAUCGCCACAAGACUUGGAUUCUAUGCCACAGGAAAUGCUAUUAUUUCUGGAGAUGAAAUCGAUGCUAUGGAUGAAACAAUGUUUGCUACCAGAGUGUCAUCAAUUGGUGUCUUUUAUAGAGUAGGUCCGGCACAUAAACUCAAAAUUGUUAAGGCAUUGCAAAAGAAUGGUGCAGUUGUUGGCAUGACUGGUGAUGGGGUUAAUGAUGGAGUGGCUCUCAAAAAAGCUGACAUCGGAAUAGCAAUGGGAAAGAUGGGAACAGAUGUUUGUAAAGAAGCUGCAGACAUGAUACUCGUCGACGACGACUUUUUUACUAUUAUGUCCGCCAUUGAGGAAGGAAAAGGCAUUUUUCACAAUAUUCGCAAUUUUGUUCGCUUUCAGCUGUCGACGAGUAUCGCCGCUCUUUCAUUGAUAGCUUUCUCGACACUUUUACAUAUACCGAAUCCUUUAAAUGCAAUGCAAAUAUUAUGGAUUAACAUCAUAAUGGAUGGACCACCUGCUCAGAGUUUAGGUGUAGAACCAGUAGAUCACGACAUACUGAUCCAACCGCCACGUAAUGUCAAAGAGCCGAUGAUUACUAAAGAUUUAAUAAUCAAUGUUCUAAUAUCGGCUUCUAUUAUAAUUACGGGAACUUUAUUUGUUUUCAUUGCUGAGAUGAGCGAUCAAGUAGUGACUCCAAGAGAUACGACAAUGACGUUCACGUGUUUUGUAUUUUUCGAUAUGUUUAAUGCAUUAAGUUGUAGAUCACAGGUGAAAUCUGUAUUUCAAAUCGGACUGUUAAAGAACAGAACAUUUGUAUAUUCGGUGACGGGAUCUAUAAUAUGUCAAAUGCUUGUUAUAUAUGUCCCACAAUUGCAGCGAAUCUUUGUCACUGAAGCUCUCUAUUUAAGCGAUCUUUUAUUUCUGUUAUGUAUUACAUCCACUGUUUUUAUUGUGUCUGAAAUGAGAAAAUUUUUUAAACGUCAAGCCCUAAAGCGAGAAAAACGCAAUCAAGUCUAUCAAAAUCAUAUGGUUUAGCAAAUGGUUUUUAAUUAUUUAAAUUGCAAUCAUCUUAUCAUUAUUA